UAUGGACAAUACAACAGUGCUGUGCAUAACGCGAUCGUCAGUCAGUCAGUUGAUUCGUGGUACGGAGUUCAGUGGCUAUCAUAUAUAGACAAAGUGCUGUGUAUAAUAAUUAAAAUAACGGUUCAUCAUGGCGCCCACCGUUCCUGAGUUCUAUGCUGGGAAGUCGGUGCUCAUCACAGGUGGAACGGGAUUCGUUGGGAAGGCCUUGCUGGAGAAGCUUCUUCGUUGCUGUCCAGACAUCGGGACGGUGUACUUGCUGAUGCGGCAGAAGAAGGGCCUAGGAUGUGAGGAAAGACUUAAGGAUCUUUGGAGUAAAAGAGUCUUCGAUCUUUUAAGAGACAAAGAUCCCGAAGCUAUUAAAAAGGUUCGUCUUAUAAAUGGUGAUAUUACGGAACCCGAGCUCGGUAUAUCGGAUGCUGAUAAGAAGGAGCUUCAAGAGAGAUGCAAUGUUAUAUUUCAUAGUGCCGCUUGCGUUAGAUUUGACCAAAAGCUGAAGGAUGCUGUUAAUUUGAACACGACUGGAACCCUGAGAAUGCUGACUUUGGCUGAGUCUAUGAAGAAUUUACAGGUCUUUGUCCAUCUGUCGACGGCAUACUGUCGCUGUGACCUUGAAAUGUUGGAGGAGAAGCUGUACCCAGCUGUCCACAACCCAAGGAAGAUAAUAGAGAUAGUGGAAUGGAUGGAUGAUGACACUCUUCAAUAUUUGGAGCCAAAGCUGAUAUCAUCAGAACCGAACACCUAUUCCUACACAAAGGCCAUAACUGAGGACCUGGUGGCGGAGUACUCCGGCAAGUUCCCCAUAGCCAUUGCCAGACCAUCAAUAGUAACUGCUGCCUGGAAAGAACCCAUCCCAGGUUGGGUCGACAACCUGAACGGGCCCACUGGUCUUGUGAUAGGGAGCGGAAAAGGUGUGAUCCGUACUAUGCAUUGCGAACCAUCGUACACAGCCGAUGCAAUAUCCGUAGAUGUUGUUGUGAAUGCGUGCAUACUCAUCGCUUAUGUUACAGCACUUGAUAAGCCGAAAACCACACAAAUCUACAACCUAACAUUGUCAAAAGUUUUCGAAAUGACGUGGGCGGAGAUCAUAAAAUUGGGUGAAAAGUUCGUGAAUCAAUUCCCAUAUUCAGUGGCGCUGUGGUAUCCAGGUGGUUCUAUCAAGUCCUACAAGAUUGCUCAUCAGAUCGAUGUAUUCUUCAGCCAUAUCCUACCAGCUUACCUGGUAGAUGCUUUGCUGUUUCUGCUGGGCAAGAAAACCUUCAUGAUCAACCUGCAGAAGCGAAUCAGCCAUGGUUUGAACGUCUUACAAUACUACACCACCAAAGAAUGGGACUUCAGAAACGAGAACUACAAGAGUCUUCGGAACAGAGUUACGGCAGAAGAUAACGAGACCUUCUUCACAGACAUCAGCAGUAUGAACCCUGAGGAGUACCUCAAGAACUACGUGUUGGGGACCAGGCAGUUCUGCUGUCAUGAGGAUCCGGCUAACAUACCGAGGGCCAGGAAACUGCAUACGAUUCGUUACAUCGUUGACAGAUUCUUCAAACUGGUCUUCAUUGCUCUGAUAGGCUGGUUCCUGUACAGCAACAGGCAUAUCUUCUCAUCAUCAAUGGAAUUCCUGGACUCAACCCUGAAGAGUAUGACACCAUUGAAUCCAGUGAAAGCCGAAGAUGAAUUAUAAAUAAAUUAGUUUUAAAAUAUUUUUUUAGUAUAGCAACACCAAGGUAAAUGUCAUAAUUUCGACGAACAAUGUGACAGAGAAUAAAAAUUAAAUGUAAGAUGGUU